AUGGACACUAAUAUAGCUGAACAAUACAAUUCCAUUGUUUGUAAAUUUGUAGAUGAAAAACGAAUAAACUUUUCAGGUAAAAGGUCUUACUUAACUCGAUGUGAAGCAGCUGCAGUUUAUUUUAAUACCCAGGGACACUAUUUAGUAUCAUACUACGAUGAAUUAUUUGGUCAUGGCGAGCUACCUUCACUUUUGAAAAGAGUGACGAACAGGACUAAAAGGAAACGUCUGUUACGAUUAAAUAAGCCCAUAAUAAGAAAGAAGAAAAUUGUUGCUGCAGCAGAAAAAUAUCAUGUACCAGAUGCUCAAGGAGAUUCAGAUCUCCCUGAGGAACAGUAUUUACUGAAAGAGGCAGAAUUUGUGAAACACCUUGAGCUUACCCAGAAGGAGAUCCAAGAAUCGGAAAUAAAAACCAGAUGA